AUGGACCCUCCAGACCAAAGGAGAGUAAGCACCAGAGAAGACAAGUCACCUCCAACUGGUCACCGUGUACCUCUUGAUCAUUUCACUCCAUUUCCUGGGGAAGAUAUCACUGGGCCACCACCAUUUCGCGACGUCGAUGGGUCUCCAGUGUUUAUAGGAUCCGGAUUCCUCGAGGGCAGCGUUCAUCCAUGCAAAAUUGUCCCUUCACAGAACCCCGCGUGUCUCCUCCCAUAUAAUGGAACCGAAAUCCGCCACAAUGGUCGAUACGAACUUCUCCCUUUUGAUCCAAUUACAAUGGAAUGGGUUCCAGCACGUAAUGGUCGUGUUCCCGAAGGCAGGCGAGCUGUCGAAGGUGGAUAUGAGGACUAUGGGCCGAGACUUUACCAUGCUGUUGGAAUACACAACGGGUUCGUAGUUCCUGGAAAGACAGGAAAGCAUCUCAGAGGCAUAAACAUUGGAUUUGGAGGCUUAGAGUAUAAUAUUGCAUCUGAAUAUCUCCUAUUGUGCUGGCGGUGA